AUGUCAUUGGUGAGUAUUGAAGAACAAGGAUCAGGAGGAGUAGAUUCUUCAUCCAUCAAUGAUACCAAAGGGUCUCAAGAAGCGUCUGUUAAGAACAGUUCGGUUUCAGGAAAAGUCAGUGACGGAGCUAGCAGUCUUGGAAAGACUAGCGGGAGCACAAAAAUUGAGUAUGUGGAGAGUGGGAAGAGCAGCAUGUGCAGAGGCAGCACGAGCAGUGACAUCAGCGAUGAGAGCACGUGUAGCAGCUUUAGCAGCAGCAUCAGCAAGCCUCACAAGGCAAAUGAUUUAAGGUGGGAAGCCAUCCAGGCUGUUAGGACGAGGGAUGGUGCUUUGGGUUUGAAUCACUUUAGAUUGCUGAAAAGGUUAGGCUGUGGCGAUAUUGGAAGUGUGUAUUUAUCUGAGUUGAGUGGGACCAAGUGUUAUUUUGCUAUGAAGGUGAUGGACAAGGGCUCCCUUGCAAGCCGUAAGAAGCUGCUUAGGGCUCAGACAGAGAGAGAGAUACUACAAUCUCUGGACCAUCCAUUCCUUCCUUCACUUUAUACUCACUUUGAGACGGAGAAGUUUUCUUGUUUGGUCAUGGAGUUCUGCCCUGGUGGUGGUGACUUGCACACCCUCAGGCAGAGGCAGCCCGGGAAGCAUUUCACUGAGCAUGCAGUAAAGUUCUACCUGGCAGAGGUCUUAUUAGCAAUGGAGUAUCUCCACAUGCUGGGAAUCAUCUACCGCGAUCUCAAGCCCGAGAAUGUAUUGGUGAGAGAUGAUGGUCACAUAAUGCUCUCCGACUUCGACCUUUCCCUCCGUUGUGCUGUUAGCCCAACUCUCGUCAAAGGCACGCCUCUCGAGGGAGCCGACCCACUACGAAAGAACACAGUCUACUGUGUCCAGCCAGCCUGCAUUCAACCACCAGCCUGCAUCCAACCAUCCUGCGUGGGGCCUACGACAUGCUUCUCGCCUCGUCUCUUCUCCAGCAAGUCAAAAAAGGAGAGGAAACCGAAAAACAAUCUUGGAAACCAGGUCAGCCCUUUACCUGAAUUGAUUGCUGAGCCUACCGAGGCCAGAUCAAUGUCAUUCGUCGGGACCCACGAGUAUUUAGCUCCCGAGAUCAUCAAGGGAGAAGGCCAUGGAAGUGCUGUUGACUGGUGGACUUUUGGUAUCUUUCUCUACGAGCUCCUAUUUGGUAAGACACCAUUCAAGGGGUCUGGAAACCGAGCUACAUUGUUCAAUGUGGUGGGAAGCCUCUCCGGUUUCCUGAAGCGCCAGUGGUCAGCUUUGCAGCGAGGGAUCUCAUAA